CUGACUGGAGAAGGAGGAGGAGGAGGAGGAGGCAGCACCUCCGGCUGGAGCUGUUUAUUUACAUUAUUAUUAUUACGAUCAUUAUUAUCUUUAACACGUUAUUCACAUUAAUCGAAACGAUAGGUACGCUGGAACAAAAACAACACGCAGAUUUAAAUGCAACGAACGCAAACAAAAAAAAACCAAACAACAAAAAAAAACAAUUGUUUGCGAUUUACCGGAUUGACGCCUGCAUCAUUGGCUAAGCGUGAAUCAUCCUUAGCUUAGCUUAACGUUACAACCGGGAUGUCUCGCGUUAAGCUGGAGGCCUAAAACUGUAUUAUUCAGCCGUUCGAUUCUCAGACAACAACAUAUCUGUCUCAUAAUGGAAGAAAUUCUCCGAAAGCUUCAAAAAAACGCGUCUGGGAACAAAUACAAAGCUAUUCGUGAUGGCUGCGGUGUGGCGUGUGAAACCCUGGAGGCUCAAAAUGGAUCAGUUAAGACGUCAGCAUCUAAGGUCAGGGAGAGAUGCCUCUUCCCACUUAAGCUUGCACUCGAGUCCAAAAACCCAAAGCUGGCUCAGACAGCUCUCACAGGAAUGCAGAAGAUCCUGUGUGAGGAUCGAUUUGUCGCUGUGGAGCCAGAAGCACCAGAUAAGCAGCUGUUGUGUCAAAUGCUGGACACCGUCAACGUGACCCCCAUGCUUCAUGAAGAUCUACAGGUGGAGGUCAUGAAGGUCUUGCUUUGUAUCACAUACUCCUCCAGCUUUGAGUUCAAUUGCAACAACAUCUUGAGGAUUGCAGAGGUGUGUAUCCAGACAUACAUAUCGAGUUGUCAUCAACGCAGCAUCAACACAGCAGUAAGGGCCACACUCAGUCAGAUACUGGGAGAUUUCACCCUUCAACUACAGCAAAGACAGGACAACUCAGGUGCGGAUGAGCGAGAGCGUACAGUGCCUACAAGCAAACGCAAAGAUUUUUCUCCCACCACUGCAGCCCUGUAUGAGGACGUCGUGACUGUUCUCACUGUAUUCUGUGAAAAACUGGAGUCUGUUUCGAGUGAGAACCAGCUGUUGCAGCUGCUGUAUCUAGAGUGCAUUUUAGCGAUGCUCAGCAGCUGCCCUCCCACAAUGCAUCAGAACCGCAACUUCACAGAUCUUGUCUGGAAGCAGCUGUGUCCAGUUCUAGUGGUGAUCACGGGAAACCCCGUGCAUGAUAAGACCAUCACUUCUGCUCACGGCGCCUCAUUACAGGAGUUGGAUGCUGCACUAGGGUCAGGGGUUAGUGAUCAGGGCAGGGGUUCUGGCUGUUCCUCCAGCGCCCCUGCCAUGAUUGGACCGGUUAUCCGCACCAUCUGCUACAUCGCAGCUGAACUUGUGCGAUUAGUGAACUGCGUAGAAUCCAUGAAGCCUGUGCUGCAGUCUCUCUACCACCGCAUCCUGCUCUACCCUCCUCCACAGCACAGACUGGAGGCCAUCAAGAUAAUGAAGGAGAUCCUCGGUAGCCCGCAGCGCUUAUUUGACCUGGCUGGCCCAUGUGUUAUUGAGCCCGAGACCAGGAAGAGAUCCUUCUCGAAGAGGAAAUCACAUCUUGACCUUCUUAAGUUGGUGAUGGAUGGCAUGACAGAAGCUUGUGUGAAGGGAGGGAUUGAGGCUUGCUUUUCCUCUGUUUCUUGUGCUUGUGCUCUACUGGCUGCCCUUGACGAGCUUAGCCAGGGACGUGGCCUGCAUAUUGACCAGGCACAACUUUUGCUGCGUCGACUGGAAGACUUGAAAGAAGGGGAAGAGUUGUCCAGGGAAUCAGUGGAGCUGAAUGUGGCCGAGUUCCGUUGGCAGCGACGCGUGCUGUCCUCUGAAAACGCCACCUGGGAGACCGCCAUUCCUGAACGCAGCCCUGAUAUCAGCAUCAGCGUCAUCACUGACACAGGACAGGUUACUCUGGAGGGGGAUUUGGGCCGAACUGCCCAAGUGGAGUGUGAAGAAGAUGCACGAUUACCUUCACCUUCCUCCUGUGUAGGUGCUGCAGGGGAGAGUGGUGUUCCUCCAGAUGUGGUCCAGCGCAGCCAUGCCCUGGCGUACCCAGACCUCACCAACUUCCUGUCAGUUGAGUCUCGCAUGCGCUCACAUGGCUCACGCUACAGUGAGAGUAAUUUCAGUAUGGAUGAGCAAGAGCUCUCGCGUACAGAAUUUGACUCAUGCGAUCAGUACUCCACAGCUGCCGAGAAGGACUCGGGACGAUCAGACGUUUCAGAUGUUGGUUCAGACAAUGGCUCGUUGGCUGACGACGAACAGACGAUGCGCCCUGGUCCCGCCCAUCGUACAGUGCGCACCGCCGCACUCUCACUCAAGCUACUGAAGAACCAGGAAGCAGACCAGCAAAGUGCCCGUCUCUUUGUUCAGUCCCUGGUGGGAUUGUUACCGCGCCUUCUGGCCCUGCACAGCCCUACUGAUGCGGAUGUUGCGCUACAAAACUUCUCCUCAACUUUCUGCUCGGGCCUCCAAAUAGGUGGGGUUCAUUCUCCUGGCUUUGAAGGUAGUGAGAAUCUAAACUGCCAGGCUCUGAUGAAUGCAGACGGAUUGUAUUUGGUGUCCUACUAUGCCUUGCUACUUAACCUCAAACUGAGCACCUGUGGUUACUACCAAAGGAAACCCACUCCUCCCGUUGUCACUCUGAAAGAGUUUGUGCAUCAGAUCCAGAGCAGUGGCGUUCUAGUCGUGCUCUCUCAGGCCUGGAUAGAGGAACUGUACCACCAAGUGUUAGAGAGGAACUUGCUAGGAGAGGCUGGAUACUGGGACUCCACUGAAGAGCACUCACUCCCUCUUAUCACCAUGCUCACAGAUAUUGAUGGACUUGGCAGCAGUGCCAUAGGAGGUCAGCUGAUCAGAAGAGCGUCAUCACAGUCGUCCUUUACAAGUGAUAAAAAAGACAAUAACACUGUGUUGGCAGGUGUAAUGUUCGCACGGUACAUCCUGAUUGGCUGCUGGAAGAACCUGAUCGACACGCUGUCUACUCCUCUGACGGGCCGCAUGGCGGGAAGCUCGCGAGCUCUGGCCUUCAUCCUGGGUGCAGAAGGCGUUAAAGUGCAGAACCAAAGAGAGAGAGAAACCAUCUGCCUCAGUCUCGAUGGCCUGCGCAAGGCUGCCGCACUCAGCUGUGGUUUGGGUGUAGCUGCCAACUGUGCCUCAGCUGUAGCUCAGAUGGCAGCAGCUUCCUGUGUUCCAGAGGAAAAAGAGGAGAAGGAUCAAGCUGAAGCUGGAGAUGCUAUUACUCAAGUUAAGCAUAGAAUGGAGCAGAAACUGGAGCAGAUGGGUCGGGGUCAGGGAGUGAAGCUGCACACUGCUCACAUGCUCUGCAUGGACGCCAUCCUCAACGUGGGUCUAGAGAUGGGCAGCCAUAAUCAUGAUUGCUGGCCACAUGUCUUCAGAGUGGUGGAGUACGUGAGCUCGCUAGAGCACAGCCACUUCAGUGAUGGGAGUUCUCAGGCUCCUAUGACCAUCACUCAGACUCAGCAGGCUUCCUCGGUAAUGGGAAAUCCAGAGCUGAGCGUAGAGUCUGUCUCUGAUCUGGAGCUGAACCUGAGUCACCCAGUCAUCCAGCCUACUUCCAUCCAGGAUCUGUUGCGUGAAAACAGCAACGCGAAAGGUUUCGAUCUGCGGGGCGGAAGUCUCCUGACAGGCAACAGUGCUGCUAAAGUCGUCUGCACGCUCUCCACACAAGCAGAUAGAGUGUUUGAAGAUGCAGUGAGUAAACUUAACCUGGUGGGUCUGGUGGGUUUCCUGCACCAGCUGAGAAAAGCCUCACAAUCCCAGCUUUUCAACUCGGUCACAGAAACCGGAGACUAUUCCUUAGCUAUGCCGGGAGAGGCUAAGUCAACACAAGACAAGCGCAGCGCUCUGCACCUUUUCAGACUGGGCGAGGCCAUGCUUCAUAUCGUAAGGAACAAGAGUCGGCCACUUCUGCACAUGAUGAGAGCCUGGAGUGUGGUGGCUCCUCAUCUGGUGGAGGCUGCAUGUCAUAAAGAACGGCAUGUGUCCCAGAAGGCUGUGUCGUUCAUCCAUGACGUCCUGAUCGAGGUGCUGAGCAGCUGGGCCGAGCUCCCACACUUCCACUUCAAUGAAGCGCUUUUCCGGCCCUUUGAGCACAUUAUGCAGCUGGAGCUCUGUGACGAGGACGUACAGGACCAGGUGAUCACAUCCAUCGGGGAGCUGGUGGAGCUGUGCUCUCCUCAGAUCCAGUCAGGAUGGAGGCCGCUCUUCAGCGCUCUGCGCACCGUGCAUGGAAGCAAGAACGACAUGAAGGACUAUCUGAUUGGAGAAUACUCUAUGGGCAAAUCCCACGCUCCGGUUUUUGACGUCUUUGAGGCCUUUAUUAACACAGACAACAUUCAGGUUUUUGCCAAUGCAGCAACUGACUACAUCAUGUGCCUUAUGAAGUUUGUAAAGGGAUUAGGAGAGGUGGAUUAUAAGGAGAUAGGCGAUUGUGUUCAUGCCAAUGGAUACAGCUCUACAGACCUGUGCCUUCCUGCCCUGGAUUAUCUAAGGAAGUGCUCACAGCUGCUGGCCAAAAUCUACAAAAUGCCUUCAAAGCCAGUGUUCCUGGGCGCGCGGCUGGCCAGUCUUCCCAUGAGAGCCCAGGAACGCUCAGUCAGCAGCGAAGACGGUAUUGACAGCGUUUUAGCCGAGUUCGAUGAUGAGACAGGUCUGAUCCAGGUGUGGAUUUUGCUGUUGGAGCAGCUCACCGCAGCCGUGUCUAACUGCCCUCGUCAGCACCAGCCACCCACACUCGAACUGUUGUUUGAGCUGCUCCGAGAAGUCACUAAAAUUCCAGGCCCAGGCUUUGCCAUUUUCUCAGUCAUCCAGCUCCUUCUUCCCGUCAUGUCGCUGUGGCUGCAGCGAAGUCACGGAGAUUAUUCAUACUGGGACAUCGCGGCUGCAAACUUCAAGCACGCCAUUGGGCUUUCAUGCGAGCUGGUGGUGGAGCAUGUUCAAAGUUUUAUACAUUCAGAUAUGGGCUACGAGAAUCUUAUUAACCUGAUGCUGAAGGACUUGUUCAAGCUGCUGGUGGCUUGUGUGGCUGAACCCGCAGAGACCAUUUCCAGAGUUGGCUGUUCCUGUAUAAGAUAUGUCCUGGUGACAGCAGGGCCUGUCUUUACCGAGGAGAUGUGGAGGCUGGCUUGCUAUUCCCUGCAAGAUGCCUUCUCAGCUACACUUGAACCUGUCAAGAACCUGCUGGCGUGUUUCCGAAGUGGUUCUGAUACAUUCACAGGGGACGCGUGCGAGGUGAAAGUAGCUGCCCCGACCCACUCUGCUUCCGCUGAAGCUGAGUACUGGAGGAUCCGUGCCAUGGCACAACAGGUCUUUAUGCUGGACACUCAGUGCUCUCCCAAGACUCCCAGUAGUAAGGAAGGAUUCGAGCAUGCGCAGUCAUGUGUGCUGAUCAUUGAACUUCCUGCAGACCAGCAGUCCAAUGGCCAUGUCCAGAAGAGGAAAAUUGGGAUUCCGUUCAGGACGAUUGUGGUGAGCUUGCUGUCCCACCAGGUGCUGCUGCAGAACCUCUACGACAUCCUGUUGGAGGAGUUUGUGAAAAGCUCCGGCAGCUCUGAGAGUCAGGACCGAUUAACACCUGUCUCAGAGCCCAAAGGCGCCGGUUUUCUACGCUACAUCUCCAUGCAAAACCUGGCCGUUAUCUUGGACCUCCUGCUCGAAUCUUACCGCACGGCCCGAGACUUUGACACACGUCCCGGCUUGAAAUAUCUACUUAUGAAGGUGUCGGGCGUGUGCGGUGCCGCUAACCUGUACCGCCAAUCCGCAAUGAGCUUCAAUAUCUACUUCCAGGCUCUGUUGUGUGCCUUGCUGACCAACCAGGAGCAAAUCACUGUGGAGCAGGUGAAGAAGAUCCUUAGUGAGGAGGAGGAGGAAGAGGAAGAAGAGGAGGGCAGCUCGGAUUCGUCACAAGCCUGCUCAUCUGAGGACGAGGACAUGUUUGAGGAGACGGCGCGUGUGAGUCCACCACGUCGGUGGCGUACACGCCUGCCUGCUCUGAGCACACAGCCUACCAGUGGGGCAGAUUGGGCGUGGCUGCUCAAACGCAUGCACAAGCUCUGCAUGGACCUCUGCACAAACUACAUUCAGAUGCACCUAGACCUGGAAAACAGCAGCGACGAGCCGCCUCCUAUCACUCGUCCCGACAGCAUGUUCUUUCUUCCACUCUUCCCCUCUGAGAGAUCCACCCCAUCAACAGGCGACCAUUCAAGCCGUGGGACGCCCUUGGAGGACACCCCUCGUCUUCACUUGCCCAACACACCCUCCUCAGAGGAGGAGGAGAGGAGGAGGAAGAAGGAGUGGUGGGAGAGUGCCAGCAACAAGCUUUACACCAUCGCCACCGACAAGACCAUCGCCAAGCUGAUGAUGGAGUACAAGAAACGCAAGCAGCAACAGCAACAAAACCAUGGCUCACUGGCCAAGAAGGCAGGAGAAAGGAUGACGCCAGAAUCGCCGGGGCCACAGAGACCUCAGCAACUCCUCGAUCAGAGGACCAUGAGGCACUCUUUUAGCGCCGGACCAGAACUACUGCGUCAGGACAAGAGGCCACGCUCGGGUUCUACCGCCAGCUCGCAUAACAUCUCUCUCAGAGACUCUGAGGCUCAGAUACAAGCAUGGACCAACAUGGUCCUCACCAUCUUGAACCAGAUCCAGCUAUUGCCAGACGCCACUUUCGUGGCCCUGCAGCCAGCCAUGUUCCCCUGCUUCAGUCAGCUCACGUGUCACGUGACUGACCUCCGAGUGCGGCAAGCGGUGCGAGAGUGGCUGGGACGUGUAGGGCGGGUUUAUGACAUUAUCCUGUGAGGGGCUUGCUGCUUUGUUGUCCUUGUGAGCUGAUUAAUUUACUUUUCUUCUUGGGAUUUGCUGCCCGGGACACUAAGGGUGUCUUUUAGCCUUUUCUCGUCGCAUUCUGAGCUCUGUAUUGUGUGAACAUACAUAUCAAAGUGAUUUGCAGAACAAUUCCAUCGAAAACCUUGUUUGACCUUGUUUACUUCUAACAGUGUUGGUUGACUUCUCCCAUUUGUAUUACUUUCGAUUCCUAGCCGAUUACUUAUUGUCCGUCACUGAGCUUUAAUAUCUAUUUCCAUUGAAUAUCUAACUGUGUUUAUGCACUUUUGUACCCUCCUUUAGUAAUGUGAGUUUAGUGCCACUGUUCCUGGCUUAUAGGCCACACAUAACUAAAACGUCUUAAGUGUUUGGUCUAAUGUUCAACCAAUCUCAAAGUGUUUAGAGCUGCAAAGGGAUUUUCUUGGUUUUCAUUCCGAUACACAAUAAUAACGCAACAACAAUCUAACAAUAAUUUAAAUUCCCUCCGCAAAAAUCAACAUUAUUGGAUCCUGUAGCAAAUUGACAUUACUGUUCUUUACACAGCACCAAAAUGAUCUCCGAUACCUUUUCAGUUAUAUCAGCGGAUGAUGGUGUGUUAAGCAAAACCCGACUGACCAGCUGUCUAAUGCACAAUUACUCUCUCUGUGUGCUUAUAUCUUUACUCAAAGAUUAAAAUAGGAUUUAGGGUUUACAGAGGAGUCAGAUUCGCCACACCGAUCAACCUGAUUAUCGCAAUCCUGCCUCACAGCAUCACUGACCGGUGAGGGUUUUACCUGAGCAUUUUAAUCUGUCGGUAGUAAAAGACACCGCAUAUCCACUUUUGUAUUUAAACGUGAACGUAUUUAAAGUCUUCUGCUCUUGAAGCAUGUAGUUCCUUUAAUGUAAAUUCAGUGGGCAGUAACCAUGAAGCUUUAACUUUGAUCCCAAAUCCCACUUCUGUAUUAGUCUCGUAAUUUGCGUAUAAAGAUUUUUCAUGUCGUGUACGCAUCAAGGGGAUGAUUUGUUCUGCGGUGCGUAAAUGCUGCUUUCAGACAUGACAGGUUUUUUUUGUUUUACCUUAGUAUAAUAUGCUUUAUGGUCAAAAGUAUGUGGACCAUAUGAGCAUCACACUCAUACAGUAUGUGGUGCUGCAGAUACCUUUAAAUGUUCUAGCAUUACAUGUUCCCUUUAAGUGAACUAAGCUCCAUAAAGACCAAUGAUGACCAACGAGUCCUUGACCUCAACCCAACCCAACAACUUUAGCAUACACCAAACCCUGAUCUUACUAAUGCUCGUGUAGCUGAACGAACACAAAUCCCCACAGCUACACUUCAAAAUCAAGUGUAAAGCAGGAGAAUAAAUCUGGAAUGAUUUGCUAAUAAACAAGUACGCGAAGUUCAGGCGUACACGUACGAUUGGCCGUAUAGCGCCACGUCUAGCUGCAAGAGCGCUAAUUAUAGCAGCAUCAAUUCAUCUUAAACACCCAUCUAACAUGCAUCAAAAACUACACUGGAUUUGAAUGUAACCUUUUUUUUUUUUUCUCUUUUCACUACUGCUGGUGAAAAUAACCAAAGACCCGUGUGGACACGUUUUGAUACGAAGUGCAUAAAGGUUGUUCUUGUAACGUGUCCACUAUCACUUACAGCCUUCAGAGUGGGAUGACUGGUUGUGUUCUUAAAGGACCUGCACUUUCCCUUCUCUUUCCAACACAAAUCACAUUUUCAGCCCCAUCACUCAAGUACUAUUUGAUCAGCACUUUUUUUUUUUUUUUUUUAAAUUAAUAAUAGACUUUAAGUUGUUAGCAGAAAACAAAACGACGGUGCAGGAUUUGUGGAGAUUUUGACGAUUUGGUAAUUACAUGUUCGAUUAAAAAAAAAAGAGAGAAACAUUUUGACUAAAGCAAAACAUGGUUACACCUUUUUUUAUGUAUUUUCUAAAAAAACGCUUCUUCACUGCAAUCGACGUUAUAGUUUAGAACGGUUUCUAUAACGUCUAAAUCGCCACACUACAGCCGUUGUUCUGUGGCUAGAAUACCCUGGUCUUCUAUUACGUUGCUUAGCAACCAGACCUUACUGUUAACAGACUACUUUGCGUUGUUUCUUGCAAAAUUCAUUAAGAAUAAUUGCAUAUUUGACACCAGAUUUGAUCGUAUUGUUUUUGUUAGUUUUAUAACAGAAAUGUAUUAUAUACUGCUAUGACACUAAUAAACCGUGGCUCAGUGGCACUCCAGUGCUCGUGUAACUAUAAUGCUGCGCUGCAUAUUCUCCUGAUUAUCAGUCCUUUUGAUGUACUUAUGGCAUAACGUGUUUUUUUCCCCCUUUCUUUGUUAAAGAGUCUAAAAAAAAGUUGCAUUAUUUAUUAAUAUUUAUUUUAUGUGACAACAGACUACUGCGAUAUCCUGUAUGUGCACAUGAUAUAUAUACAUUUGCCAACGAUUUAUGUUGUAUGUGUUGUGGAAUAAUAAAAAAAAGGUAACUAUGUAGUAA